AGAGGAUUCAUUCUCUCGUUUUCAUAUGUACUCUUUUCGUAGCCUUGUCCGUCCGACCUGCAAAGGUCCUUCCAAACCGUAUUAACUUCUUCGAAAGGACGGUAUUCACUUACACGUCACUUCGCACAGUUGGCCCACCGCCCGCCAAUUCGUAAAAUACAAAACUUGCAUCCCGCCUCCAGUUCUUUCGCAAUCAUUCCAACUUCAUCCCCCACCCCCGUCGCCGACUUUCUUCUUCUAUCCAUCCACGAUCUGACAUCCCUUCAUCUCGAAUUCUCGGUUUUCGACGGCUAGCUAUCAUGGAUCAACGAGAGCUUGAGUCGCGCGUCAAGGCACUUCACAAGGCCGCCCAGUCCAACGAGCCGGCUUCAAACCUCCUCGCCAUCAUGGAAUCGCUCCGUGGUGCUUUGCCCACCGAGGAGAUGUUGCGCACCACCAAGGCCGGUAUUGUUAUCGGCAAGCUUCGAGGUAACCCUAACAAGGAAGUUGCCAAGGUCGCUGGCGAGGUGGUCUCUAAGUGGAAGAAGGCUAUCGAAGCCGAGAAGAGAGCGAAGGGUCUGCAGCCGGCCAAAGCAGUCCAGAAGGGUUCCGUGUCGCCCGCCUCCAAGGCCGCCUCUCCGGCUCCGAAACCCCUCGUAGGCAAUAACAAGGCGUACCAGGGCGAUGUGGAGAAGCGCACCUUCAAGACCGACGGCGUUAAGAUCGCCAUCACCGGUUCCACGACCCGCGACAACUGCAUCGGUCUCUUGUACAAUGGCCUCGCCUACCGCUCGCGCGAAUCGGAGGAUAACGUGAUCCAACGCGCAGAGGAGGUAGAGCGCGCGGCGUUCAAGGUGUACAAGGGCGAGACGAAGGAGUACAAAGACAAGAUACGAUCUUUAUUCCAGAACCUCAAGGUGAAGACCAACGCCGAACUCGGCCGCAACGUGAUGUCGGGAGCCAUCACCGCCGACCGCUUCGUCGUCAUGGGUAGCAAAGAGCUCAUGUCGGCGCACCAGCGCAAGGCCGACGCCGAGGCCGAGCUCGAGAACAUGAAGAAGGCCCAGGUACCCAUGGCCGAGAAGUCGAUCAGCGACAGUCUCGAGUGCGGCGGCUGCAAGAAGAAGAUGGUCAGCUACACGCAGGCCCAGACCCGAAGCGCCGAUGAGCCGAUGACCACUUUUUGUGAGUGUAUGAACUGCGGCAAGCGUUGGAAGUUCUCUUAAUUAACUACGGUUUCUUCUGGGCCCUAUCCGUCUUGACUCAACUUGAGAAGGGGGGUCUUCUUCUUCCGAGAUGAGCCACGUGCGAUACGGUUUUCUCAUGAGGUACAUGAGGUUCAUUAAAGCAUCACACGCCAUGCCCAUAGAACGGGUGGUGUAUGCCGGGCGUCUCGGGAAGUCGGUCGACGACUUGAUUAUUAGUGACUUUUGCGCAACCAUGGCUAUGUUUCUACGCGAGGAGUUCGGGCAAAUAGAUGAACAGGCAUGGCACAUUUGCUAAGGAAUACACCCCCCUUUCCAUUCUGAUAAUACGAAUGCAUUCGAUUUUAAUCGAUUUUCUACUUUUA